CUCUCUACUCUCUCUGUCUCUGUCUUCCGUCUUAGUCUCUCCCAAAGCUCUACUCCGUAGACUCCAGCGACUGACUACGGAGGAUAUCAAUGAGACUGUCGGGUUUCCGCAGGUCGGACGGAGAAUCUUCUUAAUUUAUGACUACAUCUGCCUUUGAUAACUACCUCCACCUUUAAAACCUCUGCUUGGGAUCACUUACCUACAACUACAAAUACAUUGCCGACCCUCUUCGUCAUUCAUGGCUACUUCCACCGGGACCGGCUGGGCACAGCUUCGGCAACAAGCCCGGUCACUCGAGACUCAGACAGAGAACCUCUUCCAUACCUACUCGCAAUACGCCGCUCUAACCAAACCACCGCCCACUCCCUCCGAAGAAGAACUCCGCACCGAAUCCCAGCUCCAAGACAUUCUCGACCGGCGAGAAACCCUCAUCACGCAGCUCACCCGCCUCCUCGACAGCGAAGCCACCCUGACCUCCUCCGCCCUCAAGCAAAAUAACCUCGCCCGCCACCGCGAGAUCCUCGCCGAUCACCGUCGCGAGCUCGCCCGCCUGACCGCCGCCAUCGCCGAGGCCCGCGACCGCGCCAACCUGCUGCACAAUGUCCGCAACGACAUCGACGCCUUCCGCUCCGCCAACCAGACUGAGGCUGACUACAUGCUCGAGGAGCGCGGCCGCAUCGACGAGAGCCACAAUAUGAUCGACGGCGUGCUGAGCCAGGCCUACGCCAUCAACGAGAACUUCGGGCUGCAGCGCGAGACGCUGGCCAGCAUCAAUCGGCGGAUUGUGGGCGCGGCGGGCGCGGUGCCGGGGAUGAAUGCGUUGAUCGGGAAGAUUGGGAAUAAGAGGAGGAGGGAUGCGGUGAUUUUGGGGGCGUUUAUUGGAGUGUGUUUUUUGGUGGUGCUUUUGUUGAGAUGAAAGAUGAACUUCAUUUCUGGUGGGU